CAGUAGCUUUAGACUCUGUGUCUCUGCUUUGUCUGUUUGCACGCACUUUAUAAGCGGAAAUUGUCCAGAGAGACGCUUUUAUUUCUUUCGCAAGCUUGCAAUGAAUUUUGUAAAAAAUAUUUAUUUUAAUUAAUAAAAUGAAAUAAAUUUAAUAUUAUUUAAAAAUUAAUUAGUGCUCAUUAAAAAUAAUAAUUGUUUUUUAUAAAUAGUUUAGUACUUGUUAUAUUUAUUAAGAAAACAAACGUAAAUAAACAAUUGAGUUCCUAUGUUAUGCUUUGUUGUUGUUAGUGAAAUUAGACAAUAAUUUUUAUUAAAUUGGAAUAAAAUUUUCUCAAUAUUUUAUUAUAAAUCCAAAAAGAGAAAAUAAAUUUAAACUUCGAUACAAAUUAUUCAAAAUCUCAAAUAAAAACCAAAAAAAGAGAAAACUUAUAAAAUGGAUUUCAAAUGGACAAUGCUGCUGUAUUUGCUUCUUUUCUGCGAAGGAUGUUUCGGAGUCAUUUAUUAUUUAAACGAUACGGAAUACGAACGCAUGCCUGCCUUGUACCACAUGGACGAUUACGAGGGAUGCCUCCAACAGCCGAGCGGGCUAUACUGCACUGUGCAUUUCAGCUUAGUUUCUGACAGCCCUAGCGACUUACUCACUAUGAUACAGGAAUACUCUGUACGAAGAACGCAUUUUAACCAUACGAAUCUAAGGUAUGGAAUUUGCUUAACAGUUACGCCAAAUUCGCCUAGAAAUUACGCAAACUGUCAAAGGUAUAGAGGAAAUAUAAGCGAGGUCUCAACAGACUUCCUUGAGGGAUGCCUCAACGAUACUUUGUGGAAUGGAUAUAAAUUGAAAACUAAAGUAACAAACCACGACUGUCAAAGCUUGUCAGAUAAUAUGAAUAUAAAUAUAGAUGCAACUGAUAUCAUGGUAGCUGUCCUGCUGUUUAUAAUUUUGUUGGUGAACGCCAUCGGAAGCCUUAUUGAAAUCUAUUCUGCAACUGAAAAACCUAAAGAACCUACACUUCUAUCCUGCUUUGCAAUAAAUCGAAACUGGAGAAAGCUUAUUUCAAUAGAAAAAAAUAUAGACCCUCGGUUGCAGAGGCUAACGGGAUUACAUUGUAUAAAAUGCAUUAUCAUGGCUGGAGUGAUCAUGGCACACUGCGUGUACCCAUAUCUGCUGACUAUUAAAAACACACACACCCUGGAAUUGGCAUAUUACAGUUUACCUCAGUACAUUUUACUGAAUGGCUCCAUAGUGCUGCAGACGUAUUUGGUGUCGUCCGCGUUUCUACUGAUAUACAAAAUAGAACUCAUCUCGGAGAAGGAGAACGUAGGGUGGAACGUCGUCCCUGUAGGGAUAUUCGUCAGAUAUGUUAGACUAACGCCAGCGCUUGCGGUAGUGAUCGCUGUGAUGGCGACAUGGUUUAAAUUCGUCGGACAAGGACCUUUGUGGGCGAUAUCUGGGGGCCUGGAAAUGGAAGAUUGCCGCAACCGCUGGUGGGCCUACCUUUUCUACAUGAACAACAACAUCUCUAACGCACAGUGCAUGAUUCAGACCUGGUAUUUGGCGGUGGACAUGCAGUUACACUGCUUCGCGCUGGUGUUGUACGCAUUGCUGCGUCGCUCCCGGCACAAGACGGCAGUGCUCACCGCUGUGUUCGUGAUUGGCGUCUUCGUGCCCGCUGUGCACACAUACUACCAGGACUUGGAUGGCGUUCUCAUGGUGGUUCCGGAACAAGCUAAGAUCCUGUUUGCGACGGACCCCACGUUCAACGAGGUGUCUCGCAAGGCGCACACCAACGUCGCCAGCUACGUGGCCGGCAUGGCGCUGGCCUACCUUGUGUACCGCUGGCAGAAGGCUAACGCUGACUUCGACAAGUAUAAGCACAACAACGUCGCCAGCUACGUGGCCGGCAUGGCGCUGGCCUACCUUGUGUACCGCUGGCAGAAGGCUAACGCUGACUUCGACAAGUAUAAGAAAUACCGCGUGCUGUACUGGGCCAUCUUCCCCCUGAUGCUGUGCAUCAUCCUGGCGGGCGCCGUCUUCUACCGCGACGCGCCGCGCGAGCCCAUGCUGCUCAGGCUGGUCUUCGGCACGGUCGCCAAGCCGCUGUUCGGCGUCCUCAUGACUGUUCUGAUAUGUGGAAUGAUAUUCAAAAUAGAAAAUUUCUACCGUACCAUACUGGAGUGGAGGGUUUGGGCGAUACCCAGCCGCCUCUCCUACUGCAUGUUUUUAGUACAUUUCGCGUUCUUCAGGAUAUACGCGUCCACGGCUACCACUCUCACCACCAUGGGGCCUUAUGACGGGCUAAUAUCAUUCGCGUGGGUUUGCUUGUACUCAAUGAUUGUGGCGGUGCCGCUGUGGCUACUGGUGGAAGCGCCCUUCACCGAGAUCACCAAGUACCUCUACCACGUCGCCAACCAAUACAGAUUCCGCGAAGACAACACUUAUCAAGACAAUGAGAAGAAAAUCAAGAAAUAGAAAUCACUAGAUUUACCAAUAAAUUGCUAUGAUUAAAGAUUGUUUCUUUGUUUGUUUUUAUGUUGUCUUUUUCUUUACCAUGCAUAGUAUUUUACAAAACAACGUU